CAGAGUAAAACCGCUAUUGAAUAUCACUGUGUUAAUAAUUCACAUGGCCUGGAGGCGAAGAAAACGUUACAAAUCGCAAUCAAUUUUAGACUUUAGUUGAUAUUUCUGAUUGCCUUUUUCUUUUUCAGGUUUCUAGAACAUGCUAAAAUUGUCUUUUUCUUGUUUCCUUUGACGUAUUAAAAUACCAGAGGUUCCUAAUCAAAUAUUCAAAAGAAAGAUUGUGGCUCUGCUCUCUAAGGUAAGAUGUUCCGCGUGUUAUUUAUGUUAACUCCCGACGAAUCUGUUGUCUUUUUUGGUAAUUAUGUCAGUUGUAAGUCUUAGUAAAGCAACUAAUGUUGUGUUUAUAUGAAAAUUUGGGCUUUAAGAAUACUCCAGUCGACAGACUGAAUGAAAGUCUCUCGACGAAUCACGCUAUUCGAUUGCAGCGACAAUCAUAGCAAACAUUAAUCAUCGCCGUUGCAAUUUAUAAUGCAUCAUAUUAUUACUCGUAUUAUUAUGGAAAACUAAAGAGUAUUCUAGAUAAUAUUUUCAUUUUUACCACUUCAUCCUCUGAUGUUGAAGGAGCUCUAAAUGUUUUGAUGUUGGACUUAUGAAUUUUAAUUUAACGCACAGUAGUCUGCGGUGUCUCGAACAUAAAACAAUUACAGGUUGACACGUUCGGCAGACAUGUUUUGUUAGUGUAUUUUUUCAGCCAUCUCGCUUUCUUCAGUUUUAAUUACGUCGAAUCUGCUGUUUAAAUCAUUCACUCUCGAAAUGUUUUACAACAUCAGAAAUUUUACGCGAAUGACACUUAAAUAUUACAUUAUGAACCAUACCAAUGAUUGUUCCCCCUCAGAAGAAACCGCACGGGUUCACCAAAUUUUCGAUUGAGAAUUAAUUUUCAUAACAUGUGUGGUAGGGUUUAAUCAAUUCUCUGAUAAAGUGUCCGUUGACCUUCGUCACUCGGCUGCACGUUCGUUUCACCUGAUUAAGAAAAUAAAACUGGUAUCUAAGAUAGAACUGAUAAGUCAUUAUAUUAAACGGAUACGAGUGUAUAAGCCACGGGCUAUAAAUCUUUCUUAACAGUCACGGUGCUGGAACGAGCUGAAAUGAAAUAAAAUGUGGCCCACAGCUAAUCAGUUGUUGUUUUAUACUUUUUGUUUUAUCCUCUAUAGGCAGCCAUAUAAUAGAACAAGUAUAGAAUUUACUAAGCAUCGUAAGUAUCUGUUUCUCUUUGGUCCGACUUAAAUGAAUAUCCACCGGUCGCAACAAGCUGAUCUCAUCAAGAAAGUGACACGCGUGGCCAAAGGAAUCCUUGUGACUUCAAUUUUGUCUCUACUUCUCGUGUUGGUUCUGGCUACGCUUCCAAAGAUCGAAAGUUCAAGAUUUAAAUUGGGAAUUUGUAGUGUCACGGCCACAAAACUAAUCACAGCUCAAGACAAGAGACUUCAAUGCGACUGUAUCAAACGAAACACCAACGCAAAAUGCACAAUUUAUUAUCCUUGUCUGCAAAUUUAUGUGUCUUACAAUAAUCGAUCGGAACAUGACGCUUUAGUCGUUAGGGACCGUCGGCAAAUAACCAAAGAGUGUUCUUAUAUACUCAGAGACUCCGAAUGCGGAACGACUGCGGACGUUUACAAACAUGUCAACGUUUUUCUUGAACAGUGGGGCUCGAAAAGUUCGUCUUACAAAUGUUAUCAUAACCCAAGGAUUCCCGCUCGGGUGAUUUUGAUAAACAAUGCAUUGAGUACUGUCUUAGCUGCAACCUUGACUCUAAUUUCUUCUGUUGGAGUAGUCAUUGGUCUGCUUUUGUUUUGUUUGAAAAAACAAAUUAGCUUGAUAAUGUUCAAACGUGUCAGGAGAUUCAGAGGAAAUGAACAAUUAGUUUCUCUUGCUCAGGGUUCAGCGAUUGAUGACGAAAUCGAAUAUUAAAUAGAAUAAUGAAAGAUAAAGUACAAUUGUGUUUUACGAGCCCGCAGGCCUGGUUAAUGAAGGCAACCAGCAACACUCCUUGUAUUGUUCUCAUCUCAGCCAAAGUCGAUUGAAUAUGAUGAACAAAGUUUAGCUUGAACUCAUUUUUAUGGUACUAAUAGAAUGGAACUAAGUUCUGAAAACUCGACUGUCGCAUUGGUAUCCAACCAAAAGCGUACUAUGGAAACUUAAAAUGCCAAUAUCGGCAGACUGUAUCACCAAAGUAUUGCAAAUUGUUGUUCGAAAUUAGAAACUUAAAAACUUAUUGUAG